AUGUUAGGACCGUGGACAUUCUACACUAGGAAGCUUCGCAAAAUCGAGUCAGAUAUACUGAGUGGCAAUUGGUAUAGUGAUUUGCUACUCGAGGACUUUGAGGAUCUGUUGCCGUCAGGCGAGAUGUCGGAAACUGAACCCUAUGUGAGAAAUGCGGCUGUUGAAAUAGCAGUUGACUCAGACACCUCAAGUGACGUGGUUAUCGUGGAAGAGCUCAGUCAAGUCUCUAAUUCGAGAAUUGAUCGCGUUCUUCGACCUCGUACAUCACUUAAUGCCUUCCACCUCCGAUGUUUCUCACCGCCGCCAUCCACUUCCAAAGUGUACCGUAGUAGAAAGAUGACACUUGAUCAGCAGUUGGUGUGGUGGACGCUCGCGUUCUUCGUUGUAGCAGCGUCAGCCGAAGCAAACGAUGGGGAUUACGUGUGGAUGACAGACCCUCAGACUCAUGAGCGAUAUCAGGUCCUUCGAUCUUCUUACGAUCGAGAUAAGGCCUUCUUCUUGGGGGAAUCCACCCUCUCCGACCGAUUUUCACAUGCAUACCUCGAUGCUCUGGCUAAUCAGUGCAAUGCUGUGACAGGUCCUCCAAGUGUCUUUGAGUUCCUCAAUCAUACCUCGAUCGCUGUUGCUGAAUUCUGUCUCAACCCAGAAAUCUACCCCUAUUCCUUCGAGAUUUAUCUGCGUCUCUUCGAAACCAUCCGAUGGGGGCCUUAUACGAUAGCCGCACUGGUAGCAGUUUUGUUCACGGUUGCACGUUACCUCUGUACAAAAUUAUUCCUCAAGACAAAAGUAGGUCGACGAUUUACUACCGAACACUCUCAGAAGAAAGCAAUGACGCCGUUGUGGAAUACGAUUUCGUAUACCUUCCUCUUUUCUGUGGAGACAGGCACUUUGCUAAAUUGUGGAUACAAUGAUUUUGUCUAUCCGCUAUGCAUAUUCAAGGACAUUCAUUUCAAACCUGGUUACUUUGAUGACCCUAUACCGUGGCAAUACCGUUGGUUGUAUAUGUUUCAAAUCGGCUUCUACGCCCACUCAUUUUACGCUGCCUUGCGGCUCGACGUCAGGCGAAAGGACACGUCUGUGCUACUUAUUCACCACGUCCUCACAAUUGCCCUCCUCUCCUUCUCCUUCUUCGCCAAGUUUCAUAGAGUGGGACUCCUGGUUCUCUUCUUACACGACAUAUCGGAUGUGAUUUUGGAGUUGGGCAAAUUUUUUAUCGCCGUACGCUCAAAGUAUCCUGAAUACGCCAAUAGGUUGGAACAUAUCGCCAACUGCCUUUUCGCUGCCUUUGUCCUCACCUGGUUCUAUCUCCGAAUCUACUUAUUUCCCACAAAAGUGAUAUAUGGCACCACCUGGGGAGUAUAUCUCACCCACUUGGAUCGCGAAGCCUAUUUCUUCCUUUUCUUUAACACCAUGCUCACCACCCUCUAUCUCUUACACAUCUACUGGUCCUACUUUAUCGUUGUGAUGCUGUGUAAAAUAGCGAUAGGCAGAAUGCCAAAAAUAGAAGACGAAAGGGACUUCGACUCCGACACCUCCAGCAACGGUGUCUGCAAACCGGCUAUAGCAAACGGUGCACGGAAAAAAGAAAAGCUGCCAUAG